AUGUCUUUUAUACUGCCUGCCUUUUAUACAUAUAUCUUUCAUACUGCCAGUCUUUUAUAUGUCUUUUAUACUGCCUGUCAUUUAUACACAUGUCUUUUAUACUGCCUGCCUUUUAUACUGCCUGUCAUUUAUACACAUGUCUUUUAUACUGCCUGCCUUUUAUACUGCCUGUCUUUUAUACUGCCUGUCUUUUAUACACAUGUCUUUUAUACUGCCUGUCUUUUAUACACAUGUCUUUUAUACUGCCUGCCUUUUAUACUGCCUGUCUUUUAUACUGCCUGUCUUUUACACUGCCUGUCUUUUAUACUGCCUGUUUUUUAUAUAUAUGUCUUUUAUACUGCCUGUCUUUUAUACAUAUGUCUUUUAUACAUAUGUCUUUUAUAUUGCCUGUCUUUUAUACAUAUGUCUUUUAUACUGUCUCUUUUAUACAUAUGUUUUUAUACUGCUCUUCAGGAAUAUUCAAAGUUUGUCAGUAAUAUUGUUUUGGGUGCAUCUAUCUUUUAUACAUGUAUCUUUUAUACUGUCUGUCUUUUAUCCAUAUGUCUUUUAUACUGUCUGUCUUUUAUACAUAUUUCUUUUAUACUGUCUGUCUUAUGCAUAUGUCUUUUAUAUUGUUCUUUAUCCAUAUGUUUUUUAUACUAUUUGUCUUUUAUGCAUAUGUCUUCUUAUACUGCCUUUCUUUUGUACAUAUAUAUUUUAUACUAUCUGUCUUUUAUACCUAUCUCACUUAUACUACUCGUGAACACAAAAGUCUGUUCGGAUGCAGUCAUACAAACACACUUUUGUCGGCUCAUACGAUAUCUAUCUAUCUAUCUAUCUAUCUAUAUCUAUCUAUCUAUCUAUCUAUCUAUCUAUCUAUCCCAUUCUGUUCAUUAUCUAUCUAUCUAUCUAUCUAUCUAUCUAUCUAUCUAUCCCAUUCUGCAGUCAUUUUAUCCAUACAAACACACUUUUGUCGGCUCAUACGAUAUCUAUCUAUCUAUCUAUCUAUCUAUCUAUCUAUCUAUCUAUCUAUCUAUCUAUCUAUCUAUCUCAUUUAGUUCAUAUCUAUCUAUCUAUCUAUCUAUCUAUCUAUCUAUCUAUCUAUCUAUCUAUCUAUGUGUUAAUCGCAUGUUGUGCUCUUCUUUUUGCUGA